UCUCUCUCUCUCUCUAUCUCAAACUUCUCUAUCUUAAAAUCUUUCAGCACCCCAUCUGAUCCCCAAGCUUAACGACCCUUCUUCCAAAAAUUCAAUAGAAUCUUCCCCCCACUCCCCUCCUCAAAGUCAUCAUCUACCUCUUUCUUUCACCUGCAAGUCUGCUCUCUCUCUCUCUCUCUCUCUCUCUCUCUCUUCCACAGUCAUCAAUCUUUGCCCCCUUCUCUCUCUGAGUACUUUCUACCUAGAUCUACCUCUCUCUUUUACUCGUAGUUGAUUAAAUGGUUUGAUAUUCAGCUCACAUGCUCCAUUGGAGGUUGUUCCCACCUCCCUUAUAUUCCCAUCUCAUCUAAACAUACCCUUUUUUUUUUUUUUUUGACCCUUUCUGGAUAUGUCGUGGUGGUUUUGUUUUCUAACGACAGAAGAAGGAUUUGGGGGAUCCAAUUAAGAAGUCGUACGCGGUGGUGAUAGGUCAGCUGCGUAUGUAGAUGGCGGCACCGCCAAGUACGCGGCUGCAAAGCAUGUUACAGACGGCGGUGCAAUCAGUGCAAUGGACUUAUAGUCUCUUCUGGCAGUUGUGCCCUCAACAAGGGAUCUUAGUGUGGGGAGAUGGGUACUACAAUGGAGCAAUCAAAACAAGAAAGACAGUACAACCAAUGGAGGUGAGCGCAGAGGAGGCGUCGCUUCAAAGAAGCCAGCAGCUGAGAGAAUUGUACGAUUCCCUCUCCGCAGGCGAGUCAAACCAGCAGACACGGCGGCCUUGUGCCGCCUUGUCGCCGGAAGACUUGACGGAGUCCGAGUGGUUCUAUCUCAUGUGUGUGUCUUUCUCUUUUUCUCCUGGUGUCGGAUUACCCGGAAAAGCGUAUGCAAAGAGGCAACAUGUUUGGCUUACUGGGGCCAACGAAGUCGACAGCAAAGUCUUUUCUAGAGCCAUUCUCGCCAAGAGUGCUCGCAUUCAGACUGUACUAUGUAUUCCUCUACUUGAUGGCGUUGUCGAAUUUGGCACAACAGAAAGGGUUCAAGAAGACGUUGGCUUGGUGCAACAGGUAAAGAGCUUCUUCAUAGACCACCACCCUCCUCAGCCUCCAAAACCAGCCCUCUCCGAGCACUCCACUUCCAACCCCGCCACCUCCUCCGACCACCCCCGUUUUCACUCUCCUCCAAUCCCAACAACCGUUUACGCUCCCGUAAAUCCUCCAGUCAACCCCAACCAAAUCGACGAGGAGGAAGAAGAAGAGGAGGAAGAGGAGGACGAAGAGGAGGAGGAAGAGGAUGAAGAAGGGGAGUCGGAAUCAGAAGCCGACACGGGGCGGAAUCAGAACCCAGGCGUGGUAAAUGUGGCUCAUGCUGCGGCGGCUGAGCCAAGUGAGCUGAUGCAGCUUGAGAUGUCUGAGGACAUCAGGCUUGGCUCGCCGGAUGAUGGAUCGAAUAAUUUGGACUCGGCCGAGUUUCAGUUGCUGGCGGCCAGCCAGGGGGGAAAUACGGUGGAUCAUCAACGGCGAGCUGACUCGUAUAGGGCCGAGUCGACCCGGAGGUGGCCAUUGCUGCAGGACCCUAUGAGCAGUAGUCUCCAACCACCACCUUCAGCAGGGCCUGCACUGGAAGAAUUAACACAAGAGGACACGCACUACUCCCAAACAGUAUCCACCAUCCUCCAACACCAAACCAGCCGGUGGUCGGACUCGGCCUCCUCCUCCUCGGCCGCCGCCGCCGGCUACCUCAUGUACUCCUCCCAAUCCUCAUUUUCCAAGUGGAACCCCCGACCCUCCGACCACCACUACGACGCUGCCAUCCCCGCGGACGGCACCUCCCAGUGGCUCCUCAAAUACAUCCUCUUCUCCGUCCCCUUCCUCCACACCAAGCACCACAACGACAAUAACUCCCCCAAAUCCGCCUCCGCCGCGGACUCUGCCUCCCGCUUCCGCAAGGGGACGACGCCGCAGGACGAGCUCAGCGCCAACCACGUCCUCGCAGAGCGCCGCCGCCGCGAAAAACUCAACGAGCGUUUCAUCAUCUUGCGAUCCCUCGUCCCGUUCGUUACCAAAAUGGAUAAGGCCUCGAUUUUAGGGGACACGAUCGAGUACGUGAAGCAGUUGCGUAAGAAGAUCCAGGAUCUAGAAUCCAAGACACGUCAGAUGGAACUAGACCAACGAGAUCAAAGUCAACGGUCCAGAUCGUCCGGGGACCUACAGAGAUCGAGUAGUUUGAGUUUGAAAGAACAGAGGAGUGGAAUCACGACAGUUGUAAAUACGGAUCGGCCCCGGGUCGGAGGCGGGUCGACCGGGUCGGAUAAGAGGAAGUUGCGUAUAGUGGAGGGGACUGGUGGAGCGAAGGUGAAGGCGGUGGAUUCUUCGCCGGUGCCUGUUUUGAGUCCCCCGCCUCCACCACCGCCUCCCCCGCCGCCGCAGCCGGUGCCAGGAGUUGGCGUGCAGGUACAGGUGUCGAUAAUCGAGAGCGAUGCGCUGGUGGAGUUGCAGUGUCCGCACAGGGAAGGGAUUUUGUUGGAUGUGAUGGUGGUGUUGCGGGACCAUCGGGUGGAGGUCACGGCGGUGCAGUCGUCGUUGACGAACGGGAUCUUUGUUGCGGAGUUGAGAGCUAAGGUGAAAGAUAACGGUAGUGGAAAGAAGCCAAGCAUUGUGGAAGUAAAGAGGGCAAUCCACCAAAUCAUACCCCCCAACUGACUCCUACCAAUUAGUGGAGUAAUAACUUGAUGUAGCGUUGAGUACGUGUUGUUUAUAUAUGAUGAGAUAUAAAGCAAGUACUCUGAAAUAGUAUAAUCUUGUUGUAGAAUUUAUGCCA